AUGAUAUCUAGAAACAGAUUACAAUUAGUAUUUCCUUCAAACACAUCACUGUUUAAUGAUUGUUCAAAAAGUAAUACUAAUAUUUUAAUACAUACAAGAGCUUAUGAUAAAAAAUAUUAUCAUUAUAAAGAUAACAACUAUAAAAAGAAUAAUUCUUCCACUCCUUUUUGGUUUAUAUCGACAACAUCAUUUGCAUUAACAGCAUCAAUAUUUAUUUCUAAUGCUGAUAAUUCAAAUUUAUUUGAUUUGCCCUUAAAUGAUAAUGAAGAAUUAAAAAAACAAUUACGUGUUAAUGCUAAAAAUAUGAAACUUUCAAAAAAAGAUAUACGAUUUUUGUUAUUUGCUUCUAUAGAGUAUGAUGAAGUAAUAUAUAUGACACCAUCAGAUUUUUUGGAUUGUUUAACACAAGAUCAUCCAAAAGAAAGAGUAUUUAGAAGAGUUUUAGAUGAAAAAACUGUUAAUGAAAUGUUAAAAAGAACACCAUCAUUUUCACAGAAUGAAGAUAAAUUAUUUAGAAAAAUUGAUUCUAAUGGUUUAAUAAGUUACUCAGAAUAUUUAUUUCUUAUUAUGCUUCUUACUAAAAAUAAAAAUGAAUUUUUAUUGGUAAGAAGUUUAGUAACACCACUACGUUCCAGAUCAAAGAAACAAGAAUUAGAAGAACAGGCAUCUUCAAAUUGUUCAAUUGAUGGGGAAAAUAUUGCUAAAAUUAUGCAGUAUAUUGAUGGAAGUGUAGAUAAAAAUUUUGAAUGUGAAGGAGAAGGUUACUCCAAAAGUACAAGUGAAAUUACUGUUCAAGAGACAACCCUUUCAAAAUAUCUUUUUGGACAAAAAGGAAAUCAAAAAAGAUCAUUUAAUGAUUUUAGAAUUUUUUUUGAACAAUUACAAAAAGAAUUAACAGAAAUUGAAUUUAAUGAAUUUAGUAGAGGUAAAAAUGAAAUAAGUCCAGUUGAUUUAGCAAGAUUAGUUUUAAGAUAUUCUAUUUUAAAUAAAGGAUGUUAUGAGGAGUAUCUUAAAAGAAUUCAAUCUAGAACAUGUCCAGGAGAUCCUGGUAUAACAUUUUCUGAAUUUGAACAAUUUAGUAAAUUUUUAAAUCAUUUAGAAGAUUUUACCAAAGCUGUUAGAUUAUAUACAUCUGCGCAAAUUGCUGUUUCGGAGGAAGAAUUUAUAAGAGCUGUCAAAGUGACAACAAAUUUAGAGUUAUCAAAAAAACUGGUACAUAUUUUAUUUCUUAUAUUUGAUGAGAAUGGUGAUGGUCAUCUAACGUAUACUGAAUUUAUUGCAGUAAUGAAUGAUAGAUUAAAUCGUGGAUUCAAAAAAAGAAAUAAAGGAACAAAAGGACUUGGAUGGGAAUUUUAUAAAGAUUGUAUAAUAAAUGAAGUAAGAAAUUAA